AUGUUUAAUAAUGAUUCUCUAGAAAUAUUUGACAAGGAGCUCUUUGAUAUAUUAGAAGAUGAAAAAAAAAGACAAAAAGAAACCAUUAAUUUGAUUGCAUCAGAGAAUUUUACUAAUUUAUCAGUGCGUGAAUGUUUAGGACAUUGUGUGAGUAACAAAUACUCAGAAGGAUAUCCUCGCAAAAGGUAUUAUGGAGGUAAUGAUUAUAUUGAUAAAAUAGAGGAUCUUUGUUGUAAGAGAGCUUUAGAAGUUUUUAAUGUAAAUGAAGAAGAGUGGGGUGUUAAUGUUCAAUCUCUUUCAGGUUCAGCUGCUAAUGUUCAGGCACUUUAUGCUUUAGUUGGAGUAAAAGGGAAAAUUUUAGGAAUGCACUUAUGCUCAGGUGGACAUUUAACUCACGGAUUUUUUGAUGGAAAGAGAAAGGUUUCAAUCACGUCAGACUUAUUUGAAUCAAGAUUAUAUAAAUGUAAUAGUGAAGGAUAUAUUGAUUAUGACUCUAUUCGCGAUAUCGCUUUAGAGUUUCGCCCAAAAGUUAUUAUAUGUGGAUAUUCAAGUUAUCCUAGGGAUCUAGAUUAUAAAAAAUUUCGAGAUAUAUGUGAUGAAGUAGAUGCAUACUUAUUUGCGGAUAUUUCUCAUAUUUCAAGUUUUAUUGCAUGUAAUUUAUUAAAUAACCCCUUCUUAUAUGCUGAUGUUGUCACAACAACUACACAUAAAACAUUAAGAGGACCUAGAAGUGCACUUAUUUUCUUUAAUAAAAAAAGAAACCCUGGUAUUGAUCAAAAAAUUAACAGUGCCGUAUUUCCAGGUUUUCAGGGAGGUCCUCAUAAUAACAAAAUAGCUGCUGUUGCAUGUCAGUUAAAAGAAGUGAAUUCUGAUUUUUUCAGAAAAUAUGCUAAACAAAUUUUACUGAAUAGUAAAGCUUUAGCUAAAUAUUUAACUGAUAAUAAUAUAGAUUUAGUAACAAAUGGAACUGAUAAUCAUCUUCUUUUAGUUGAUUUGAGAAAAUAUGGUAUAACAGGUUCGAAACUACAAGAAGUAUGUAAUGCUAUUAAUGUUUCCUUAAAUAAGAAUACUAUACCUAGUGAUGUGGAUUGUGUUUCACCAAACGGAAUUCGUAUAGGAACACCAGCAAUAACUACAAGAGGAGCUAAAGAAAAUGAUAUGGAAUUUAUUGCACAUAUACUAGUCAAAGCAAUCAAAUUAACAGUAGAGCUACAACAGAUAUAUGGAAAAAAGCUAGUAGAUUUUAAAAAAGGAUUAGUUAACAAUGAUGAUAUAGAAAAAUUGAAAAGUGAAGUUAUCGAAUGGGUAAGUCAUUUACCAUUGCCAUAA